AUGCAACGCGUGGUUUUGUUUGUAAUGUUCCUGGGAGCAGCAGUAUCACAAAACAACAACGAAUUGUUUGAGCUGAAUAUUAUACACUACAAUGAUUUCCAUGCUCAUUUCGACGAAGUCAGCCCGACGGGAACGGCCUGCAAUCCCACAGUGAGCCCCUGUAUUGGAGGAUUCGCCCGUCUAUAUACAGCUGUGAACCAGGUGCUAGAGGAUGAACCUGACUCGCUGCUACUUAAUGGGGGGGACACCUUCCAAGGCACCAUUUGGUACAAUUUCCUCACGUGGAAUGUAACACAGCACUUCAUGAAUAUGCUCCCGCACGAUGCUCAUGUAUUGGGUAACCACGAAUUUGAUCAUGGCGUGGCGGGGUUGCUACCAUAUUUGAAGCACUUAAAGUCUAAUAUGUUAGGAGCCAAUGUAAAUACGACUCUGGAGCCCACGUUAACGCCGUACAUCAAGAAUCACGUGGAGGUGACGCGCAAAGGAAGAAAGAUAGGCAUUAUCGGAGUACUACUGAAAACGUUUUCAGCACCCAUCGGUAAUGUGAUAAUGGAAGACGAGAUAGAGGCCAUAAAUCGGGAGGCAGCCAUUCUGAAGGAACGGGGAAUUGAUAUCAUCAUUGUGCUUUCGCAUGUCGGUUACACUAGUGAUAUGAAUAUGGCAAGACAUAUAUCGUCAGACGUGGAUAUCAUCGUGGGCGCACAUUCUCACACUUUACUCUACAAUGGCGAAACACCAAGCGGUCAGAACCCCAUUGGAGAAUACCCAACAGUCGUCACUCAGCAAAAUGGCCAUAGGAUUCCAGUAGUGCAGGCCUACUGUUACACACGUUACUUGGGCAAUAUCAAGUUAUUCAUCGACGAUAAGGGCAUAGUCCAGAGUUGGGAGGGCAGCCCCAUAUACUUGGGAACUAGCAUUGUGCCAGACCCGAAAAUUGUGAAAGAAUUAGAACCCUGGAAGCAAGUGGUAGAUGCGAUCGGAAAAGAGGUUCUCGGCACUUCACUCGCAACACUAGAUCGAAGUUGCACGCAACGGGAAUGUGCUCUAGGCUCUUGGGCCUGCGACGGCUUUCUAGAGGAACUAUUGUUGAAAACAGAAGGUCCCGGUUGGCAUAACGUUCACGUGUGUAUGAUCAAUUCUGGUGGAUUGCGUGUACAGAUAGACCCCGGCAACGUAACGACAGAAGCGUUGUUGAUGGCUAUGCCAUUUGAAAACUACGUUCAAGUGUAUGACCUGAAGGGAAAAUACUUAUUAGAAGCACUGGAAUUCUCCGUAGGCGUGAAUGUAUCUGGCUCCUUUAACAGUGGCAGGAUGCUGCAGAUUGGCGGUAUGCGCAACGUGUAUAACGUCUCGAACCCGGUAGGUUCCCGCGUGUCGUCCACAAUCCGCUGCAUCGAGUGCGACGUGCCCCGCUACGAGCCACUCGACCCCGACGCCACCUACCGCGUAGUUACGCAAAACUAUAUCGGCGAUGGCGGCGGUGGAUACACGAUGCUAGCAGAUAACAAAGAAAACCAGGUGGUGUUACCUCGCGUAGACUACGUGAUACUGCAGAAGUACAUGCGCAGACAGAGAACAGUCCUCCGUGACCUCGACCAAAGGAUAAAGAUCGUAUAUUAAUGGCUGCAAAUAUUGCCCACAUCUGCCUUGUUCUUACGUUGUUUUAAUAUUUACCUGCUGAUAAUGUACAAUAGGAAGAUAUUGCUUAUAUAGAAAAUAAACCUGAUAACAUGUUUUCUUUUUCUGUAUCUUCAUGUGUAUUUUUCGAAUGGUUACAAAUUUUCAAUUAGACUGUAUUUUUACCAUAAUUCAUGUAUA